AUGCCGCGCAGAAAAGCCGCCGACCGUACGGGCCAGGUGAAAACCCGGUCUCGUAGCGGUUGUCAAGAAUGUCGAGCGAGCCGUGUGCGCUGCGACACGAAGAAGCCCGUCUGCACCCGAUGCGCAGAGAAAGGCCUACCGUGUUCGACCAAUCUCGUCCUGAAAUGGGAGUCUGAAUUUGUGAGCCGGGGUAUGGCCUUUGGCCGUGCUGGCGUGUGGAGUAAAAGCCGCACCGAUGAAUCGUCGCCCUCGGGAUCCAGUGCUUCGUCUCCUGCAUUCUCUCUGGACGAUAUGCGACAGUGGUGCACACUGCCAUCAAUUCAUCCAUGGGCGUUCAUCAACAGUGGAAUGGCAACCUUUGACAACCCCGAUCAGAUAGACAUUGCACUGAAUGAGCAAUUGGCAGUUGUUCCUUUCAUCAACCGUCAUACUAUGAUCGCUGGCGAGGCAUCUGAUCGUCCAGCAUUCAACAUCUGUUCAAUCCGCAACAUCGGUGGCCUUGCGACCGUACUGAGCCCUGGUCCUGCCCAUGGCCCCUCCCUUUUUCCAGGAAUAUCGAGUAUAGGUCAUACAGAACUGUUUGAUUAUUAUCUCCAGCAGGUCUGCCCUCGCGCUACCGCCAGCUCCACCAUGUCUUCACCAUUUGCCUCUGUGAUUCUUCCUUUCAGUGUUUCUGCGUCACCCACGCUGUUCAAGGCUAUUCAAUCACUUGCUGCAUGCCAUUGGGCCCGACAAGAUCCGAAUUAUAGCACACUCGGACUGCGCCUGAAAUCGGAAACAUUGAGGGAUCUUCGCCGUCGCCUUUCAUACGAGGGAUCUGUGACAUGUUCUAAUGAUCCUGAAGUUCUGCUCAUCAUGAUGAUGCUUUGUCUCUAUGAAAUUCUAGACAAAUGCGAUGAGCAUUGGACGAUUCAUCUGAAAGGUGCCAAAGAUUUGAUUCGACUCCGCAGGCAACAAGUUGACGCGGUUUCUGACCCAGUGACCACCUUUGCCGAGCACUUCUUUGCCUUUCAAGAUGUCAUGGGUCGGACUGCGUGUGGCGAGGCGGUUUUGUUCGGGAGUGACUAUUGGAAAACUGAUGAUAAACAUAUCGACUUGUGGAUGGGGUGUAGCCCUGAACUGGUCGCCAUCCUCUCCUCUAUAACUGAACUGAGCCGAGCAAGACGAGAACUCCAAUCGGGCAAUUCUUCCACCCUGUUCUCCGUUCGUGCUGCCUCACUCGAGUACCAGCUAGAACAUCUGGUUCAGGAGGUCGGAGACGGGGAUGAUGAUAUUCUCGUCUCUGUGGCGGAAGCAAAACGACUCGCUGCUUUGCUCUAUCUACAUUGCGCCCUUUACGGAGCUUCUCCGACCACGCCUUUGGUGAUUGAUUUCGUCUACAAGAUCCUUCACUUAGUCUCGGAUCUGCUUGAACGCGAGUCCAUGGCUAGCGUCAUGUGGCCCGUGUUUGUGGCCGCCGUGGAGCUAGAUCCAUCGCGGGAUGAACUCUGGUCAGGUCCGGAUGGUCAACCAGUGUCUGGUCGUGCGAUUGUCCUUCAAGCCCUGGCGGCGAUGGCUGAUUCUACCAUCUCGAAUAUUGCUCGGACGCGUGCGGUAAUUAUCCAGGCGUGGCAGGGCCGCGACCAGGAUCUUUUGAAAGCACCGCAUAUGGAGAUGAAUGACUGGGAGACAUAUGUGGCUCCCAUCAGCACCUCUAUGAGCUUGGCGUGA